AGCUCAUGUCGACUGCAAAGAGACAACACAUCCUCUCCAACACACCGGCGCAUCUUCCCCAUGCGACGCGACCCAUUGUCCCCCCAGAUGUCCAAGCCACCCUCGAACGCCUUGGCAUGCGUACACGCAAAGCUAUGAGCGACCAUCAGUUCAAGAAGGAUCUGCAGCAAGCGCAGUCCAUGUAUAGCGUCAACUCUGCCAUGCCGCUCUGGACGGGUGCGGGUGGUGCGACGAGCGCGAAGAGGAGCAAGAGGAAGCGCGACACGCCCUUCAACCAGAUUCGGAGUGCGGCGCGCGAUCCGUUUGCUGCAUUCAAGGCACAGGGACGCGCUGACCGAGCUGCUGCUGUUGCUGUUGCUGCAUCGAUGGAGCAGGUUGCGGGUGUCAAGCGCAGUCGAGAUGAAGCUAUGGAGGAGACGGAGGCGGAAGAGGAGGAGGAGGACACGAUGCAUGAGGCGCGGUCGAGCACGAUGGAGAUCAGCUGCAAUGCGUUCUUUGAGGACCCGCCAUGGCUGAGUUCGCAGGCGUCGCUGAUGGAGGAUGAUGCGAUGCUUGGGUGAUGGUGCUGAUGACUUGUAUGGAUUGUGUUUAUGACUGCUGUUUGCCUGUGCACGUGCAGAUAAAUAAAAAAGAGAAGAGAAAGCAGUAAACGACGCUGAACUACGCUGGAUACUGGCUAUACUGGAUACUGACUGGAC